AUGGAGGGUGACAGAAUCAGAAUCAGGUGCUUGAACAAACUCUUUCGUGCUUUAAUUGUGGUGUUCACUUUACUGCAAUGUGCUGUCAACCCUUCCCUUUCCCUUGGAUUCAAAAAUAUUUCUUCAGAAGGAGUGGUGAGGUGCUUUGAGAGGGAAAGAGAAGCACUCCUUGCUUUCAAACACGGCCUCGUGGAUCACUACCAUCUCCUCUCUUCGUGGGGAAGAGAAGAACACAAGCAAGAUUGUUGCAAAUGGGUCGGCGUCCACUGCAGCAACCGAACCAACCAUGUUACUCAACUUCAUCUUGGGUGGUAUUCUUUGCAAGGUAAGAUGAUGAGUCCCAAACUACUUGAGUUGCAGCAUUUGAAAUAUUUGGACCUUUCUUCCAUCAACUUCAAUGGGACCCGACUUCCAUAUUUCAUUGGUUCUCUUUCCAAUUUAAGACACCUCGAUCUCUCUGGUGCUUCUUUUGGUGGUCGAUUUCCAAGUCAAGUUGGAAACCUUACCCACUUGCAAUAUCUUGAUCUCGGAUGGAAUGGCUUUAACAGUGUGGAAAAUCUGAAUUCGUGGCUCCCUCGUCUUUCUUCUUUAACAUAUUUGGAUCUGAGUAACACCAAUCUCAGUAAUGUUCAUGACUGGCUGGAAACAGUAAGCAAGCUCCCUAAACUUACAAACUUAACGUUACACGGGUGUGGUCUUCCUUCUCCUAUAAUCCAUUCCAGUACUCUUUUUAACAUAAAUUCUUCAAAGUCUCUUGCUCAUGUUGACCUCUCUGACAACCAAUGCACUUCUCCUUCAAUAUAUUUAUGGUUGUCUAACUACAAUGCCAGCCUUGUCCAUCUUCACCUCCAUAACAGCAGUUUAACUGGUUUAAUUCCCAGUGUCGUUGAAAACUUGACCUCUCUUGUCUUUCUAUGUCUCUCUCAGAACAAAUUUGACGCGGUGAAUCCGCAUUCUUUUUCCAGCUUAUGCAGUUUGCAAGAACUGUACCUAGGCAAUACUAGUCUGAGUGGACAGUUUUCCAAGUUUGUUCAAAUGUUGUCCACGUGUGCUCAAAACUCAUUAGAGUAUCUGUACCUCUCUAACAAUCAUCUUUCUGGAUCAAUUCCUAAUCUCACAAACUUUUCAUCGUUGAAACUAUUAUUUCUCUCUACAAAUCAAUUGAGUGGAACAAUACCUGAAAGUAUUGGGCAACUGUCUAAUCUAGAGUAUAUGGCCUUGAGUAUGAAUGCUCUGGAAGGUGUGGUUUCGGAAAGCCACUUCUCGAAUCUCUCUAGAUUAACAUAUUUGGAUUUGUCCUCUACCUCACUAGCUUUAAGCUUCAAUUCUAAUUGGGCUCCACCUUUUCAAUUGGACUAUAUAAGUUUGGGGUCUUCCAAGAUGGGUCCGUAUUUUCCAAAAUGGCUUCAAACUCAGAAUGAGUAUUCAUACCUCAAUAUUUCUGAUGCUGGAAUUAUGGAUAUCCUUCCAAGCUGGUUUUGGGGUACGACUCGUGACGUGACAUUUAUCAGUCUUUCCAAUAACCAAAUUGGAGAAAUGUUUGCAAAUUCGACAAUGAAUUUUACGUAUUACCCUGAAAUACAAUUGAGUUCGAACCAAAUCGAAGGUCCAAUUCCCUCAACUCUAUUGCAUGCGUCAUAUUUGGAUCUCUCUAAUAAUAACAUUUCAGGGUCAAUUUCUAUCUUGUGUGAAGCAUACAGGAGUUUAAUGUUUCUUAAUCUCUCAAGCAACAAUCUCUCCGGAGAGCUUCCAGAAUGCUUGACACAUUUUGACCAUCUAGUCAUGCUUGAUUUGAGCUACAAUGCUUUUUCGGGGAAAAUUCCAUCCACAGUAGGCUCACUGUAUCACAUGGAAACAUUGAAACUAAGAAGCAACAGAUUUGUUGGAGAGUUGCCUUCAUCCUUGAAGAAUUGCACCAGUUUAAAAGUUGUUGAUGUUGGAAACAAUCAAUUAUCAGGACCCAUACCAAAAUGGUUAGGGGUUAGCCUUCAGAAUUUGGUUAUCUUGAUGCUUUCCUCUAAUAACUUCAACGGAAGCAUGCCGUCUGAACUAUGCCGUCUAACAAAAAUUCAAAAUUUGGAUGUGUCUGUGAACAACAUCUCUGGUGCAAUACCAAAAUGCCUCAGCAAUUUGACUGCUCUGGCACAAAUAGGAAAUUCAUCUCCGAUCCUUCAACAUUUGUUGUCAAUAAAUGAUGUUUAUGUUGUUUAUAAGGAUGAUGCAACAUUCAUAUGGAAGGGAAGAAUGUACUCGUACAGAAACACUUUGGGACUCGUGAAGAGAAUUGAUUUCUCAAGCAAUAGGUUAACGGGGGAGAUUCCAAUUGAAAUCACGUAUCUUGUUGGAUUAAUUUCUUUAAACUUGUCGAUAAACGGAUUGACAGGUGAGCUACCUGCGAAGAUUGGAAAGUUGCAAGCAUUGGAGAUCCUGGAUUUGUCAAGAAACCAGAUAGAUGGCAGAAUUCCAACAAGCCUUGCUCGGAUAGAUCGUCUUAGUGUCUUGGACUUGUCAUACAACAAUUUUAUUGGCAAAAUUCCAACAGGCACUCAGCUCCAAAGUUUUGAUCCCUCCAAUUAUGCUGGAAAUCCUCAACUGUGCGGACCUCCACUUCAAAACAUGUGUGAUGAUCAACAGGAAACCGUGAUCUCAAGCAAUGAAGAAGAAAAAGAUGAGCUAAUAACAUGGGGAUUUUACGUCAGCAUGGCGCUUGGUUUUAUUGUUGGAUUUUGGGGAGUCUGUGGCAGUUUGAUUUUCAUCAGGCAAUGGAGAUACUCGUACAUCAGGUUCUUGAAUGUCUUGAAUGAUUGGCUUUAUGUGAGGGUGAUUUCGAUCAAGCGGCACUUCAAUUAA